CUCCCAGCAUUCGUCGACAAAAUGUCAAUUCCAGCAUUUGCACCCCUACCACCGGCCAAUAUCCGACUCAGCCUGGGACCGCAAGAAUGGGAAGCCUGUCUGGACGCCUGGUUGACUCUCGCAGAGCUGACAUUACGACUCCCACUGGACAAGUUCAGCAUCGCUGCAAGUGACGAUGGAUCGCUACCCGUUUUCCUCAGUUCGUUCUACCAGGAGCUCAGCGAAGUCAACAACGAUAGCUUCAAUACUGUGAAAGUGUUGUCAUUACGAAAAGUCUGCUUCCGACUGGUAGCUCGUGCUUGGUUGGAGGAUGUCGCCGUAUCGCAGUCUUUGCUGACCUGGAACUUCCUGUCCAACUUCUGUCAUGCUCACUUGAAGAGUUCCGCACUUCCACAGAUCAUGGCCAAGCUCUGGAGGAAAAGGUCGGGAGUCCUCAUCCCUUUGCUACAGAAACAGAAGGAUCUCGCUGUCAUCAUCCUGGAGUCGAACAAGAUGGACGGUGCUGCGGUCCUGUUACCUCAACUUGGAACCAUUACGCAUGCUUCCGCGGACAUUGGAUCGUUCUUCAUGACUGGCUCGGACUUUUUGGACGCCUGCAUUGGAGCAUACGGCCGAGCUUCGAGCGAUGCAGAGAAGAAAGCUUUGUCAACAAGUGUAUAUCUCUGUUUGGUAUCUCUUGCAAAGACUGAAGUACACAGCAUAUCGCUCCUCUCCGACCAUCUGUACACGUUGAAAGCACAAGCAGACAAGUCCGGCCCAUCCCUGCUUGCGGACGUCGUCACAAACACGCCACUCCUGAGCAAGCUUCGACUGCUGGUAGGCACCAAGGCUCCAGACAGAUUGUUCAAGCUGCUUGAUACUCUCGACACAUAUCGAUCUCCAAGCCUGGCUCGCCGCAAGAAGCAUCCGCAGCGACAUUCAAACAAGGGCAAAGGCCGCCAAACAGAAGCCCAAAACCCGAUCAACAUCCACCAAAUGAGCCUCAUCACCCAAAUCCAAGAUCUCUUCCCAGACCUCGGCUCAGGCUUCUUGAUGAAGCUACUAGACGAAUACAACGACGACGUCGAGCAAGUCACCGCACACCUCCUCGAGGACUCCCUCCCACCGCACCUUGCCUCCCUCGACCGUACAGAAAACGCCCAGAUCCACUCGAUCGACCCGCAGUCCCAAAUCGACCACCUCGCCCCCCGCUCAACACCACCUCGCUCCCAAUCUCCCUUCCUCCCCGACCGCCACAACGUCUUCGACAACGACGAACUCGACUUCACCACCUCCAACCUGCACAUCGGCAAACAAUCCCGCCCUCCAUCCCCCUCCAAUCCUUCCAAUAAAGCCGCCAUCCUCUCCGCCCUCGCAGCCUUCGAUUCCGACGACGACGAACGCGACGACACCUACGACGUGGAAGACGUAGGCGGAACCGUCGACACCGCACAUCCCGACGGUGAACCCGGUCCCAACCUCAAACUCUCCCAGUCCGAAGUCGACGCCACGUUGUUCAGCGCAUACAAGGCGAACCCGGAGUUGUUUGGUCGAACGUUUAAUAUUAGGAGAAGUCAAGCCCGAAUGGCGAUGAAAGCGGAAACGGGAAUGACGGAUGAAGCGAUUGAAGGGUGGGCGAUUAUGUUGGGGCGUGAACCGGGGAGGUUGAAGAGGUUGGAAGCUAAGACGGGGGCGGGCGCGUUUGAUGGGAAGCAAGCGGAAUUGGCGGGGACGGCGUAUAGGGAGGGGACGGAGACGGAGGAUUCGGAUGCUGGGUCGGGGGGUGGGCGGGGUGGGUUUCGGGGGAGGGGGAGAGGGAGGGGUGGACGAGGCAGAGGAGGAAGGGGUGGGAAUGUGGCGGGUCAGGCGGGAGAUCCGAGUACGGUCGCGGCGCAGAGGAGGAAGGAGGAGAAUAAGGGGAGUCGGGCAAAUCAUAAUCGGAGGGAUCAGAGGGCGAGGAAGAUGGCGAGGGGUGGGUUUCCUGGGUAG